AACCCCAUAUCGCGGCUGCAGGUCCCACAACUUUGCUCGGACGACGCAUCUUAACCGCUUGUGCUUGCAUUGCACGCCGGAGACGACGAAGCAGGCAAACAAACACUCGGCGCAAGGCACCGUCUCUUCUCGGCUUGCUGACGCUCUAGUCGGCUCGACUGCAUUUGCCCAGGAACGGUCGUCGCGUACAACACGUGCACGAUUGAUCGGUUCGCUCUGACUGCCUCGAGAACCGCCCGCUCUCGUCGCGUCAUCGAGGCCUCGACACAGCUGCGUUUGCAAUCGUCGACCCUCGACAGCAGCACACAAAGCCAUCGUGCUCCGGCUCGAAUGGUUUUUCUGUGCUUGCCAUUCUAGCCGGUAUCUCUUGAGCGACGGAUUAUGGAAGGUCUGCCCAACGGAUCGGCGAAUGCUAUAAACACGACGGUGGCUUCUUAUCCCUCUUCGUCUGCAGCAUCACCGCACCUUCCCCCGCAGCAGCAGCAGCCGCAUCCCGCGCAUCAACUGCAUCACCAUCAGGCACAGUCGUCGGCAGCCCCUCCCCACACGCUGCCCCCUCUUCAGCCGAACAACCCUGUUAUGCAACAGGGACCCUACGGAAGCUAUCCCCACACUCCCAGGACUCCGGCAACUCCCAAUACCCCGAGCUCCACGAGCACCAUGGCCAGUUACCCCCCUCCGCCCCAGCAGAAUGCGGGCCGCGGCAGCAGCUAUCCCGUCAUGGGCAACGCCACGUACCCGCAGCAGCCGUACCCCGGCGCUACGUCAAGUAUGAUGCCUCAGACCACCACCGCGGCCUCGCACCCGCAGCCCAUCGCUCCCGCUCCGCCCACGGCUGGCGGCCGGGCUCCGCCCGUCCUCCGCCCGAUGCCCGCCGGUGGAGUCAUGUCCCAGCCGGGAAUGCACUCGCCGUACGGCCAGAGCCCGCUUAUGCCCCAGCUCCCCGACGCCGGCGAACCUCCGACGCACGUGGUCGGCUCCCAAGGCCGUAGAGGUAUCCUUCCCAGCGCCCCUGGCAGGCCCGCGCCUCCUGCCGCCGGCUCUGCGCAGGCCAAGAACCAGAUCUUGCAGAAGGACGCCGAUGGGAAGUUCCCUUGCCCCCAUUGCACCAAGACCUAUCUCCACGCGAAGCACCUGAAGCGCCACCUCCUGAGACAUACCGGCGACCGCCCGUACAUGUGUGUUCUGUGCCACGACACCUUCUCGCGCAGCGACAUUCUCAAGCGCCACUUCAUCAAGUGCUCUGUCCGCCGCGGCAACCCCACCGGAGCUAGCCAUCUUUCUCACCCCCAAGCACACGUCAAGAAGAACGCUGCUGCCCAACAAAAGGCGAUGGGUACCGAAGGCGAUGUUAAUCACAUGAACGGUAUGGGAAACAUGCCUGCCGACGGGAUGGUUCAUCCGUUUGGCAUCAUUCCCGCUUCUGAUGGCAUGAGCAACGUGGCCAACGAUCAAAGCCAGCUCUCGAGAUCUAGCAGCAUGAACAGAGUCGCCGACGACGCGAACCGUGAUAGGAGAAACAUGACCGCGUCCGUCAUGGGCGCCUCGACGCGCCCUGGCAGCUUUGAGCAGACGUACAACGGCGGCGAAGUCGCGAACAAUAUGACCGCGAACAUCAACCCGCAGCUGGCCAACUACAGCAUGCCCCAGAACCAGAGCGGGAUGCCCAUGUUUGGGGGUUCAGGCUCGACCGAUUGGUCUCAAAUGUUCCAGGCUGGUGCGCAUUCUCCCUACGUCAAUACGAUCCCACCUAAUACCGGACAGGGACAGAUGCAGACCGCAACCAAACCCGAGCCUAAUCUCGGCUCCGCACGAGUGGCUGGCAUUCCUGGCGACCAUCCCGUCGACUCGUCCCUCUUCCCCUCGUGGGGAGUUCCGUCGUCGUAUCCGAACUCUUACCAUCAACUCUCCAGCAAAAUUCUCAACUUCCUGCAGUCCUCCCCCGCCGGCGCCAGCACCGCGACCUCUAGCUUCCUCGACUUCUAUUUCCACGCCGACAACGUCCGCAACUUCCUCGAGAACUACACCCACUUCCAUGCCCACGUGUCAAUCUUGCAUGUCCCCACCUUCCGUGCCAUGGAGACUUACGUCGGUCUUGUGGCGGCCAUGUGCUGCGUCGGGGCGUGCUACUCGGACCGGAUACCCGCAGCUAACAUCCGCGAGAUUAUGGAUCUUUUGAAGGCAGCCCUCGAAGGCUCGUCUCGAAUGUUUGCCUCUCUCCUCCAGGAUGAUGGCUCGGGGACCGGGUACGAAUGGGCCUCCUUUGGCAGCAACAAGACCGACCUCGAGGAAUUGCAGGCCAUCAUGCUCACCCAGAACUUGUUCACUUGGCACGGCACUCCAGAGCAGCGCGAGAAGGCGCGGAAGACAUUCCCUCUGAUCGCGUCGUCCGCCCGCAAGGCCGGCCUGCUCCGUCUGACGACGGACGGGUCGCUGUAUAGCAUGGUUCACCAGCCUGAUUUCAACCCCACGAACUUCCCGAUUUCUCAGUUCAGCUGGUAUUCCUGGGUGGAGCAGGAGAAGCGCAUCCGGACCAUGUACAUGAUCUUUCUCUAUGACGUGGCUCUCGGCUUGUAUUUCAACACGGGACCCGAGUUCGACCCCUUUGAGAUCCGCCUUCCCCUGCCAGCGGACGAUGCUGCAUGGGAUGCAAACGACAUCAACGAGUGCGCCGAGGCACUUGGACUCCGCGGGCCAGAUGCCGCCAAGGCCCGCAACCCCGACGGCACUCGGAGAAGCAGCCAACCGGAGUUCCACCAAGUGCUGAAGGCCCUCCUUGACAGCAGCUACCGUAUCCAACCCGGGUCGACGAAUCUCUUCGGCAAGUUCAUCCUCAUCCACGCGCUGCUCUCCAUCAUGAGGCGGGCUCAACUGGGGGGGGGUUCGGCCAUCAUGAAUCGUUCCGCCACGCCGAUCCCAGCCCAUGCUUGGUUCGUUGGAACUCAGGGCAGCCCUAACAACAGCGGCCGUGCGACCCCGGUCGAUCUCGGGGCCAACCUUCUGGAUGUGCAGACCGUCAAGACCCUCAUGACGGCGUUGGAUAAGUUCAAAAGCAACUGGGAUCACGACAUGGCCAACCAGUUCCCGCCUUCUCUGGCGGUCAACCCCCGCAGAUACGGGUUCACCAGGGAUGGGAUUCACUUCUACUGGCUGGCAACGUAUCUGCUCAAGAGCACGCGGGCGGCGGACCUUCAGAUGGCGCCCGAUCAACGGCUUGCCCAAGUCAUUCAUCUAUUGAAGUCGGUCAAGCAGUGGGUUCUGACCGAUGGGGCUGCUCGUGGGGAGGAGCUAGGAUCUGUUGGAGAUAUUGAUGCCUCGUACGGGGUCAAGGACGUGACGCUCGAUAUGACACAACUCUUUCGACCACUUCCGAUGGAGAAGUCGCCAGGUUUUGCGGCCGCUCAAUCAGGGAACAUGCAGAACCAACAAUGAUCUCGGUGGAUGUCGUGCUCGGUACGCAUCCUUCUCUGCAUCAGCGGCGUUUCCAUUUCGUUCUUCCUCUUUUCUGGGGGAGGC